GCCCUUUAAGAUAUUUUCAAAAAAGGAAAAGUACGAGUUAAAUAAAUCAUUGUCUUUGUCCAAAAAUUAGUAUAUUUAGUACAUACUAAUCAUCAUUUUAUGUGCGCCUUCCUAUAAAAAGCCAGUAAUAAACCUGCAUUUAGAUAAUGGGCGUUUCCGUUCAUUGUUAAGAUUUACUCUUUGCAUGAGAAAAUCUUUUAAAUACUGUAUAUCCAUUUUAAAAUUUUUUUACGAUACUUUACUUAUCACUUCAAACUUCAAAAUACUGAAAUAAUAAUAAUAAUGAUAAUCCCAUAUGAAUUAUUGUGGUUAAUAUUUAAAGAAAUGUAUCCAAAAGGAAGAUAUACAUUCUCUGAAGAAUUUAAUAGAAAUAUACUUUCUUUUAUGUUAGUAAGUAAAAAUUGGUGUAAUUAUUUCUUACCAAUAUUAUGGUCAGCACCAUUUUUUUAUCCAUUUGGGAAUAGAUUAUCAACUAUAAACUCUUACCUUUCAUGUUUAUCUUUGGAACAAAAACAAAAACUCGAUAAUCAUGGUAUUACAUUACCUUCAACAUUAUAUGAUAAACCUAAAUUUAAUUAUCCAAUAUAUUUAAAAGAAUUACAAAUUCAUAUAUUAUCAAAAAGUAUAUUUGAAUGGUGCAUAGAAUAUAAUGAAUUAUAUUGUCAUGAUAUUAUAUUAGAAUGUUUACUUGAAUUAUUUUCCAGUAAAGGAACGAAAAUAGAUUAUUUUGAGUUCGGUUGUAUGGAAUAUUAUUCAAUUAAAUAUAAUUGUUGGACUAAAUUUCCUGAUACAUUUAGUAAUAUAAAUUCAUUUAAUUUUAAUAAUAUUUUAAGCAAAGAUUCUAUUAAAAAUAUUUUUAAAGAUACGAGACAUAUGUUAUUAUCAAAGGAUGCAUUAUAUUUAUAUAAUUUUUUAUUAACUUUAAGUAAAAUUUGUAAUAAUUUGGAAUUUUUAACAGCAGAUUUUGAGGGUACUUUAUGGCAUGAACCAUAUUUUGAUCAUAUACAAUGUUCUAUAGAUUUAGGAAUUUUAAUUUCUUCUCAAAAAAAUUUACAAAAUUUUGAAUUAAUUAAAUAUAAAGGUUGUCGUGAUGCAUGUUGGUUAGAUUCUUUAAAAACUCAUAAAAUUUCUUUAUCAAGAAUUUAUUUUAAUGAAAUCGAAUUUUUAUAUCAUGAUGAAAAUCAAUUAAAGGGUUAUAUUAAAGGUGUUGAUAUUCAAAAAUUAUUAAAUAAAAGAUCAAUUCAUAACAAUAAUGGUAAUAACAAAAACAACAAUAGUAAUAGUAAUAGUAAUAGUAAUAAUGUAUUUCAAACUGAAACUCCUUUAUUAGAUGCUACUUUUCCUAAAUUUAAAUAUGUAGGAUUUAGAAGUGGUUAUUUGGAAUGGAGAGAAUGGGUUAAACACAAAUAUCAAAAACAAAAUAAAAGAUCAGUAAUAAUAAAAAGAUAAUUAUAAUUUAUUUGUUAAUAAAAUUUAUUAGUAAUUUCAUAUCAAAAUUUUAAUAAUACUUUAUAAUUUGUCAAUUCUGUUUCAAGAAGCUCAAAUUUAAUUCUAAAAAAAUAAACUUGAAACUUUAGAAAA